AUGUCUCGAGAGGACUCCGCCAUGAUGUCUGACGAUGAUCAGCCGCUCGUCGCCAACAAACCUACGGCUAAUGGUUCGACAGUGGCCAACGGGAGGUCUAAUGGACACGUUGAAUCAGACUCGUCGAUGAGCGAGGAUGAUAUGCCGCUUUCUCAAUCAAUACGUGAUAAGUCGGAAUCGAUUCUGACACCAGAACCACGCUCGGCGAAGCGCAAGAAGCCGAUGUACGCUGAGUCGUCAAGCGACGAUGACACUCCUCUGGCUUCGUCGCCCGCUAAACCACGCACUGCCGCAUCUGCGGUCAAUGGUCGUAAGAAGGCCACCAACGGGGCGGCCAAAGACAGUGAUGCCGAUGACGAUUAUGGUGAUGACACGCCAAAGAAACCCACCAAACGGCCACCUCGGAAGAAGGUUAAGAAGCAGGAACCCGACGAAUCCGUGUUAGAGGACGAGAAGCCUCCGAAGAAGGUAGCCAAGGGCAAGGGCAAAGUGAAAGCUGAGAGUGCAGACGGCGCGUCAGAUGGGGAGGACGCCAACGCUAACGCGAAGAAACCGGCGAAGAAGCCGCGAGCCAAGAAGCAGCCUAAGGCUGAGCCCGAAUCAGGCGACGAACUCCCUAAGCCUAAGAAGAGGGCAAGCAAGAAGAAGGACACAGAGGAGAAUGGUUCACCGACGAAAGGGAAAAAGGGGAAAAAGGAGGAUGAAGAGGAGGAGGAAGUAUUCAGAUGGUGGGAGCAAGAUCCUAACGGCGACGGAACUAUUAAGUGGCAAACGCUCGAGCAUAAUGGAGUCUUAUUCCCCCCUCCGUAUGAACCACUGCCGUCGAACGUGAAAAUGAAAUACAAAGGGCGGGAAGUCGAUCUAUCCCCUGGGGCAGAAGAGGUGGCUGGCUUCUAUGCCGCCAUGAUAGAGACAGAUCACGCUCGGGACGCAGUUUUUAACAAGAAUUUCUUUGAGGACUUCAAGAAGGUCCUCGAAAAACAUCCUCCACGCAAUGGCAUCAAGAUCACUGAUUUCGACCUCUGCGACUGGCGUCCGAUGUUCGAGUACUUUGAGAGCGAGAAAGCUAAGAAGAAGCAACUCACUGCGGCUGAACGGAAAGAACUCAAAAGAAAGAGAGACGAGUCAGAGGCCAUCUAUACGACCUGUCUUCUAGACGGCCGUAAAGAGAAAGUUGGGAACUUUCGCGUUGAACCACCUGGUCUCUUUCGCGGUCGUGGCGAGCAUCCGAAAAAGGGUUGUCUCAAGUUUCGUGUACGUCCGGAGGAUAUCACGAUUAACAUCGGAAAAGAUGCGCCGACACCGGUACCCAACGUACCUGGCGAAUGGAAGCGCAUUCAGCAUGAUAAGACGGUUACUUGGUUGGCUACCUGGACGGAGAAUGUCAACUACAAUCACAAAUAUGUCUUCUUGGCUGCUGGGAGUUCGUUGAAAGGGCAAAGCGACAUGAACAAAUUUGAGAAAGCCCGCGAGCUGAAGAACCAUGUCGAUCGCAUCAGGUUAAAUUAUCAAUCCGAUCUACGUUCCAAGGUCAUGGCUGACCGACAACGCGCAACGGCCAUGUAUUUCAUAGACAAGCUCGCGCUUCGUGCCGGAAACGAAAAGGGCGAAGACGAGGCAGACACCGUUGGCUGUUGUUCUCUACGGUGCGAGCAUGUGACGUUGGAAGCCCCGAAUUUCAUUGUUUUCGAUUUCCUGGGUAAAGACUCUAUUCGGUACUAUAAUAGAGUGCCUGUGGACGCGCAAGUUUUCAAGAACGUCCGCAUAUUCAAGGAGAAUAAAGAGGAUGAGGAUAACCUUUUUGACCGUGUGACUACGGGAUCCCUCAACAAACACUUGAAUUCGGAGAUGAAGGGGCUCACUGCCAAGGUGUUCCGUACGUUCAAUGCAUCCAGCACGUUCCAACGUCUGCUCGACGAAAACUCUCUCGAGGACAAAACUCUGCAAGAAAAGCUGAAUGCGUACAACGAUGCUAAUCGUCAAGUCGCCAUCCUUUGUAACCAUCAACGUAGCGCCCCGAAGACCCAUGAUCAGUCAAUGGAGAAAAUGCGGCAACGGUUGCGUGGGUUCAAAUAUGACCGCAUGAAACUACGGCAUGCUUUGUUCUCUAUCGAUUCCGCGUACAAGAAGGACGAACGAUAUAAGGCGGACGAGUCUGACGUAGACGACGAUUUUGUUGAAGAAUGGGAGGAUUCAUUGAAGGCCAAAGAGAUCGAAAAGAUUGAAAAGAAGUUCGCCAAGGAGAACGAAAAGCUGGAGGAGGAGGGCAAGAAACCCCAGAACAAGUCUACGCUAGCUGAGCGGAUUCAGGCCAUCGAGGAUGAAUUUAACCGCUUGGCAGAGGAACGUGGCACGAAGGCGGCAGCUCUGAAGCGGGACCGGGCCCCAGAGAAGAUCGAGGAGGCGAUAUCGAAGUUGGAUAGCAAGAUCAAGGCAUUCAAGCUUCAAAUGGUGGAUAGGGAUGCCGGUAAGGAAGUAGCCCUCGGCACAAGUAAAAUCAAUUACUUGGAUCCACGCAUCACUGCUGCCUGGUGCCGGACACACGACGUGCCUAUAGAGAAGAUCUUCUCCAAGACCCUCCUCACAAAGUUCCCUUGGGCCAUGGAUGUCUCUGAGGACUGGAAGUUCUGA